CCUUGGCUCAGGACAAUAGCUGACUACGUACUCUUAGAACUGGAGUUUUGCCAAAAAGCACGCCGCGCUCGCCGUUCUCGGUCUGGGAUCCUUCUUCGUCAAGUUCACGGGGACGAUGCUAGCACCUGGAGCCAUCGGCAUAGCCAAGCAAUUCGGCGUAACUUCGACUCAAGGCACUUAUGUGGCCUCGGCAUCCUCGGUGGUCCCUGCCAUCUCGCCAUUCUUCUGGAUUCCCCUUAGUCGCCGGUACGGAAGACGUCCGAUUCUUAUGGUCGGCAGCGUCGUUGCCAUCGUAUUUGGCAUUGUUGUGGGUAGGGCAGAGACGUAUGGACAAGCACUAGGAUGCCGCAUCCUCAUGGCUUUCGGCGCUUCUUCUGCUAUUUGCAUUGGGCCCGCUGCGAUAUCUGACAUGUUCUUCCUGCAUGAGAAGGGGACGAGGAUGGGUAUAAACACCUUCCUGCUUGUGUGCUCCCCCUAUCUUGGUGGCGUAGCUGGCGGAAGCUUGCAGUAUCAGCCCAGGUUGGGAUGGAGAUGGGCCAUGUACAUUUCAUCUGUGAUAUACGUGGUUGUACUGAUCCUCCAGUUCUUACUUGUCCCUGAAACCAUAUUUGACCGCUCUCAAGCUCAGUCUACCCCUGAAAAGCCCAAAACCAUGCCAUCAUCACGAUUCGGCUUCCGCAAACCCACCACUCAAGAGUCGUGGUCGUACCUCUUCACUCGCCCAUUCGCCAUGUUUGCCUACCCAGCUGUCCUCCUGCCAUCGCUCUGGUUCGCCAUCGCCGCCAUGACAGAAGUAGCCAAUACGGCCGGGUUCCCGCUCAACUUCGGCGCGGACUCGCGCUGGCACUUUAACACGCAACAGAUCGGGUUUUGCUCCUUCUCUGGGCUCAUCGGGGCCGUUCUGGGCGAGAUCUUCGCUGGCCCACUCUGCGAUCUGGUCGUUCAGCAUGAUUUGAAAAAGGGGCGCAGGUGGAAACCUGAACGCCUUCUGCCAUUGACGCUGCCCGGCUUGGUAACCAGUUCUGCAGGGGUACUUUUGUAUGGUCUGGAGCUCAACUAUCCCACUCAUUGGGCGGCCGCGUUGGCGGGCAUCGCAAUUUUUACCGCGGGCCAGGAGAUCAUGUUGACGGUGCUUAUGACGUAUAUCACGGAAUGCUACCCGGGGAAUGCAGCCGAGAUCUCGGUCUGUUUUCAGUGUUGUCUGAAUUUAAUGGCAUAUCAUCCGCCCUUUUACACACCCUAUUGGAUUAAGGCUCCAGGGGGGGCGAAGGUACCCUAUAUAGUUUAUGCAGUGCUGCCAAUUUUAUUUGCUCCCAUUGGCUGUGGGAUGUUUAUGUGGAAGGGGGAGGAGAUAAGAGCCAAGGGGCCGUGGUUCAGAUUUUAGUAUAGAAAUAUGGAGGUCUUUUAUGACGCAUCUGAUGGUAAGCACUCAGAGCUAAUGCCCUUAGCUUUCAGUCGAUCAUUGUGGGACUGGCAGGGCUCAAGCCUGAUAACCCCACGGUCUCGG